GUUACAGGAGUAUGUAAGACUGCUGACCCGGCUACUUUUGUUGCAGCUACCAAAAUGUCCUUCAACCCCGACACGCCGUCGACUAUCAACCGAGACUGGAUUUACCCUUCACAACCUUUCAACCUUCCCCGAACUUCGGCCCGGAAAUUCUCUUCGCCUUACCCUCGAACAACGUUGUUUCAGAACUCUCUUUCUCCUCCUCAUCCUCCUCCUCCUUCAAAUUCUACUAACUCUCUUUCUCCUCCUCCUCCUCCUCCUUCAAAUUCUACUUCUCCUCUACGACGCCGUAUUAGUCACCGGCACCGGAUUGUUAAACAAGAGAGUUCUAUUAGAGAUGAAAUUCAUGACAAGUCAAAUGACGUCGCCGCCCUGUCAGAAGACUGUCCAAACCCGGGGAACAGUUCACUCGGUUGA